AUGCACGCAAAAACCGCUUGCGGCUACUGCAAAGAGCCAAAAAGAAGGUCAGCUGCACGCACAACAUUUGCAUCGACAGGGAUCGUCAAGCGCUGGCCCAGUCCGUGGGCCCCGUUUCACUAUGUGGCGCAUCUCGCCCGCAUUGCUCUGCCACCGACUCCGUCCCAGCCCGCCAGAACGCUGCCAGAAGGCCCUGCAGCGACCUGGAGACGCCUGAAGCCGGCCUGGGGGGGGAUUCUGGAGGCUCCCAAGCUCCCCAGGGCUGGAGUUUUGCAGCGCUGGAGGGGCCCUACCCUUGACAGAUGCGGCCACGUGACCAAAAAGCCCAGCACCCAAAUGCAUGGUGUCACCCACCACCCUGCUGCUGUUGUCCGUGAUCCCUGGAUGCGCUCCAAAAUCCCCGAGCAGACGAUUGCCGACCCAAGCGUACUGGGCCGUAUCAUGUCAGUUUUCGCCGUCGUUUUUCGUCUCGUCGAAUCAACCCAGGCCCUCUCAUCUCUCAGCAGUGCCCGCACAUUAUGCAUGGCUGACCACGAAGUCGCAGCCGGCUUUUGGCGCCAAACAAUGACGGCCACACCCACCUCUGGGGCUGCUGCCAAUUGCCGUCACUCCGUGCUAGUACUAGUAGUAUGCCCAGAGCCAAGAGCCAAGAGGAGAGGAGAGGGGAAGAGAGACAGUGACGCGUUAUCAGGAGCUGGUCUCAUUGCAUAUUGCAUGAGUUGCAUGAGAGAACCGCGACUCAUGGCAACCGCGUCUUCUGCCGGCAUCGAGGCAAGCAAAGGCCGCUGCAACAAGGGCCAUCACAAGGCUGCUAGCUUCGGACCAUCCGAGCUGAAAGGCGAUGGAGCUGCUGCAACCCCGGCAGAGAAGCACUCGAGCCGUCUUUGCACCCAGAAGAAGCGCUAA